UGCAUGUGUGUGUGAGUGUGGAUUUAUUCAUAGCGAGAGAGGUCCCAAGGAAAAUCAGAAGUUUUGGGGAUGUGAAAUAGGUUUUUAUAUAAUAUUAGUACCCAUAUACACACACAUUGCCUUAACGAAACGAAAUUAUCAAAGUAAUAUCGGCACACACCUCGAUCACAGGCGAGUGCGGUCGAAGAAAGGCAACGACAAUUCUGCAUUUGUGUGUGCGCGUGUGUGUGUGCACUAGAACACCAUUGCGGUUGUAUGUGUGUUUGGUUUUGUGUGUGAAUGAAAAACCUGCAAUUGUGAAAAAUAUAACCAAAAAUAAAGGCAAUUCGGGCGACGGCGGCGGCAACGAGUACGACGACGAUUGUGGCCAGUGUGAGAGUGCGUUGACUUGGUCGCAAUCCGAAUCGCAGGAGCAGGUUCAGCAGGGCGGGAUGGCGGACGCUCAGCAGCAACAGCGGACGCAACAGACGCCAGCGGUGGCCACUGGCAAGAAGAAGUGCAAAAACAAGAAGAAACUAGUUGAAAAGCCAAAACUGCAGUCGCCGUUGCAGUUACAAGUGCAAUCGCAGUCGCUGUCGCAGUCGCAGUCGAUUAUACAGCCAGUGGCCAAUGGCCACGCCGGCCAUGAGGAUGCGCCAGAGCUAGUGUCGGAUGCGGAUGUGGUUGCGGCGUUGAUCCUGGAGCAUGAGUUCCAGCAGUUGCACAUCUGCAAUGGCCAUGGGCAUGGCGCUGGUGAGGAAGCAGAGGCGGCCAAUGCCACGCCUCUGCCAGCACUGAAUGGUCAUGCACAUGGGCACAAUAACAACAAUAACAAUCACAUCCGAAGCAGCAGCAAUAGCAAUAGCAACAACAGCCAUUACAACAACAACGUGGACAGCAGCAACAAUAAUAAAGCGAAAAGGAACAACAGCAAGCAGAAGAAGCAUCAUCAUCAGCAGCAGCAGACCACCACCAUAACAUCCACAAUAGCCUCUAGCGACACCACUGCCAACACACAAACAACCACAGCAACAACCACAAAGACAACGCCGUCAGCGGUCGAAACGGGGACUGAGAUGAUGGCAUCGACAUCCGCUGAGGCUGUACCAGCAGCCGAUGCAGUCGCAGUUGCAGUCGCAGUUGCAGAUGCAGCCGCCUCGCCCACAGUUGAGCUCCAGCUUGAACCUGCCACAUUAGCCACGGAGAUUGUCUACAAGGAAUACGAGGCCGAGCAUCAAAUGCACGACAUUAUGCGUCUGAUCCAGGCGGAGCUCUCCGAGCCUUACUCGAUAUACACGUAUCGGUAUUUCAUUUACAACUGGCCAAAACUGUGCUUCCUAGCCUCGCAUGGUGAUCAGUACGUGGGCGCCAUCGUAUGCAAGCUGGACAUGCAUAUGAACGUGCGACGCGGCUACAUAGCCAUGCUGGCGGUGCGCAAAGAGUAUCGUAAGCUCAAGAUCGGCAGCACACUGGUAACCAAGGCGAUUGAGGCCAUGCUGGCGGACAAUGCCGAUGAGGUGGUGCUCGAGACGGAGAUGCGCAAUGAGCCGGCGCUGCGUUUGUAUGAGAAUUUGGGCUUUGUGCGUGAUAAGCGACUGUUUCGCUACUAUCUAAACGGUGUGGAUGCGUUGCGCCUGAAACUCUGGUUCAGAUGAGUCGAGCCGGCGGCUGCCGUUGAAAUUGUCGUCUAAAAGUAGCCGCCAACGCCAUUUGCCGAAGACGACGACUGCACCGCCAGCAGCAGCAUCAGCAUCAGCAGCAGCAGCAAACUGAAGCCACAGCAUCAGCAUUACUUCCAGGCCACUGUUCUGCAGUGUGAUCCCAAUGUCCCUGCUCAUCGGCGGCUAAAGAUAUCUUUUUUUUGUGUACACCCCCCAACACCCUUGCGCCCUCCUAUCUGCUUCGUUUCGUCUCUCUUUUUCCCUUUGAAUUGUAAAUUGGCUUUGAAUUGUAAAUUAUAUUAUAUGUACUAUUUCCUUCUUCCUUCCUUGAUUCUUUGUGCAAACGUAUGGCUUAGACACACAUACACACACCACACACAC